UGCCAGCAGGUGCUGAGGAGUCCCAGGCGAUGCGUCGCAGCAGCUCCAGGAGCGCGGUGGGCUUGGCGCCAGCGGCCCGAGGUCCCGAUGGCCGUCCGGUGCUCACCAGGGCCCGGCUAGGCCAGGAUCCCCCGCAGAGGACGGUGCUAGGGGUGCUGGCCGACAACGGGCAGUGCCAGCGGGCCUGCGGCCAGGGGAUCACAACACUCAGAUGUUUUUCUGGAUCAGAAAAUGCCCUCCCUCCAACUGAAAAGAAAGUCCUCUCUGACUGCGGGGUCCUUGAGCCCCUCCAGCAAGGGUUUGACAUCUACAUGGAUGAACCAGAGCAGGCAGAUGGAGACAGCUGCUCAGGCAGGGAAGGGAUGUCGUUUGAGGAGGUGUGUGAAGUAGACACCAGCACACUCAAGUCAGACCUGCAUUUCCUGCUGGAUUUCAACACAGUUUCCCCCAUGCUGGUCGAUCCAUCUCUCCAUUCCCCGCCUAAAGAAGCAUCUGAUGUUGGCACAGACGUGGUAAAUGUGACUGAAUAUGCGGAGGAAAUUCAUCAGUACCUUAGAGAAGCUGAAAUAAGGUACAGACCCAAAGCUCACUACAUGAGGAAACAGCCGGACAUCACAGAAGGCAUGCGCACGAUUCUGGUGGAUUGGCUGGUAGAGGUGGGCGAGGAAUACAAACUUCAGGCAGAGACCCUGUACUUGGCUGUCAACUUCCUGGAUCGUUUCCUCUCAUGCAUGUCUGUUCUGAAAGGGAAACUGCAGCUUGUGGGAACAGCAGCUAUUCUCCUGGCCUCGAAAUACGAGGAGAUCUAUCCGCCCGAAGUAGACGAACUGGUCUAUAUCACCGACGACACUUACACGAAGCGGCAGCUGUUGAGAAUGGAACAACUGCUCCUGAAAGUCCUAGCUUUUGAUCUGACAGCACCAACCACCAACCAGUUCCUCCUCCAGUACUUGAGGAGACAAGGAGUGUGCAUCAGAACUGAAAACCUGGCCAAGUACGUAGCGGAACUGAGUCUCCUUGAAGCCGACCCAUUCUUGAAAUAUCUUCCUUCACUGAUAGCUGCGGCAGCUUAUUGCCUGGCAAACUAUACUGUGAACAGGCACUUCUGGCCAGAAAGCCUAGCUGCAUUUACAGGCUAUUCAUUAAGUGAGAUUGUGCCUUGCCUGAGUGAGCUCCAUAAAGCGUGCCUUGAUGUCCCCCAUCGACCUCAGCAAGCGAUUAGGGAGAAGUAUAAGGCUUCAAAGUACCUGCAUGUGUCUCUCAUGGAACCCCCAGCAGUUCUUCCUCUACAAUAAGUCUCUGAACGGAAGCCCUUCCAGAACAGACCCUCUGCAUCCACAGAGCCGCUCUUAAUUUUCAUAGGUUUCUGAAGGUCGGGUCAACUCAUGUUGCUAUGACAUAAAUGACAUUUUGAAAAAAAAAAGUAAAUGUAUUUAGGUUCUCUUAGACUACAGUUGCUUGUAAUAGAGUCUAACGUUUUUAAAAGAAUAAACGACUUGUCUUAUGAC